ACACUGUAAUGUAACCUCUCCACCACUGCAUCGUUGCAGCCUCGACACCCCUCAUAACCCACCCUUUCACCUCCUGCCUGUCUCCAAUUAAACCCAAGUUGCAGAAGACUUAAAAAAAACUUUGCCGACAUCGACUGUCGGUGGGGAAUAAAUGUUCUAAUGUUAUUUUGUUUUUCACAAGCAACAGAGGUGCAGAAAAUAGAUGAAAAUGAAAGGACUAUCCCGCCUACUGAACGCCUCUCGCUUUCUUGGGACACUCGCAGAAGACGGAAAUGAUCUUAAACCUGGUCGCGGGCUGAGUGAUAAGUAGAGGUAGACCCAGCAAGAACAGGCAGCUCGUCAAUCGACUCAUACAGGCUUCACGGCCCAGCUUCUGAACACAAAGGAGUAAAGAAAAACAGAUAAUUGAAGAUGGUGGAAUAACAGAGUAGCGUGAAGUGGUGCAGUUUGGAAGGAGAUGGUCGUGUGAAGAGGAAGGUUUUUGAUUUUUUUUGUGUGUGUUUCAAUCAUCUUUGGGAACAUCUGGACGUUUGCUCUGAGGGGAUGUGCGGCAGUGCGGUGUGAGGGUGACGCUCGCCUCUCAGUCAGCGUUUGUCCCGAGACGCUCGGUGAAGAGCCCGCAGAAGCGCAGGCCACGGCCGAUGGAGCCGCACUCGCAGAGCGAGCAGGCUCAGUUGCCCAGGAACAUGAUUGAGAACAGCAUGUUUGAAGAAGACCCUGAGAUAGUGGAUUUGAGUAAGGAUUCACGCCUUCAUCCUUUGGAACCUGAUGAAGUUGAAUAUGAGCCACGGAGUUCACGGUUGCUGGUGCGUGGUUUGGGUGAACAUGAUCUGGACGAUGAUGAGGAAGAUUAUGAAUCAUCUGCAAGGUUGCUGGGCAUGUCAUUCAUGAACAGGAGUUCCAACUACCGCAACAACAUGUCAGGGGCUUAUAGCCAUGAACCAUCAAGUGGAUCAUGUUCACUACCUACUGGUCGGACUUUCCUUGUUGGUGCAUUUGUUGUAGUGAUUAUACUUUCUAUAGCAAUGGUGGUCUACUUCCUGCCAAGAUGUACCUUCACCAAAGAAGGCUGCCACAAAAAGAACACGACUUUAACACUUGUAUAUCCUUUGGCAACCAAUGGACAGGUUUUUCCUUGGCCAAAGCUGAGAUUGCCUAAUGCUGUUGUACCAGUGCACUAUGAUCUUAGUUUGCAUCCUAAUCUCACCACCCUGAAUUUCACAGGCUCUGUACACAUAAGCCUUCUAAUCAUGGAAGAUACCAACAACAUCACUCUUCACAGCUCUGGUCUCGAAAUCAUCACGGCAACCAUUACUCCAGAAGCAACCGGCCACCCUAAGAAUGUCCAGGUUUUGGAGUACCCACCACAUCAGCAGAUUGCAAUCAAGGUUCACCCAAUGCUGUCAAAAGGAGAAAAAUAUACUCUGAAUCUGAAAUAUUCAGCGAAUCUGUCUGAUGGAUUUUCUGGAUUUUAUAAAGGCAUUUAUAAGGAUAAAAAUGAGACAAGGAUAAUGGCUGCCACUCAGUUUGAGCCUUUUGCUGCACGGACUGCCUUUCCAUGUUUUGAUGAACCAGCAUUUAAGGCCACAUUUGGGAUCUCAAUAAUAAGGGAAGCUGACCACAUCUCUCUAUCCAACAUGCCGAAGAAUACCACAACUUCAGUCGGCAAUGGACUUUAUCAAGAUACGUUUACGAAAAGUGUUAAAAUGAGCUCUUACUUGGUGGCCUUUAUUGUUGGUAAUUUGACAAGCAUCAGCCAGAACACUCCAAGUGGAACUUUGGUAUCGGUGUAUGCUGUUCCUGACAAGGUGGAUCAAAUGAAGUAUGCAUUAGAAACGACAGUGAAGCUUCUGAAGUUUUAUGAGAGUUUCUUAAAUAUAUCUUACUCCUUAAAGAAACUAGAUUUGAUGGCUCUCCCUGAUUUUGAAGCAGGAGCCAUGGAAAAUUGGGGCCUGGUCACUUUUCGAGAAGUUACACUUCUUUACAAGGAAGAGACUGCUUCUAUAAUGGACAAACAAAUAGUUACUCACAUGAUUGCUCAUGAGUUGGCUCAUCAGUGGUUUGGUAACCUAGUGACUAUGGAGUGGUGGAAUGACCUUUGGUUAAAUGAAGGAUUUGCCUCUUUUAUGGAAUUUUAUUCACUGGACAAAGUAUUCCCUGAACUCCAAGUGGACAAGUACUUGUCGAACACUCGCCUCAAGGCAAUGGAGGAAGAUUCAUUAAAUUCAUCCCACCCGCUCUCCAAUCCGGUUGAAACUCUUGAACAAAUUGGGGAAAUGUUUGAUUUUAUUUCCUAUCAAAAGGGUGCUUCAAUUCUGUUGAUGCUGAAGGAUUUCCUUAAUGAAACUGUCUUCCAGCAAGGAAUUAGGCAAUAUUUAAAGGAACAUGAGUAUCAGAACACAAAAACUGAAGACCUCUGGAACAGUAUGACUAAAGCUGAAAGUAUAGGUGUGAAUGUGAAAGAAAUGAUGGAAACCUGGACGCUGCAGACAGGAUUCCCACUGGUCACUGUCAAACUAGACACCGCUGCCAAUAAAAUUCACCUCAGUCAAGAACGUUUCCUCAGGCUCUCUCGUUCACAUAAUUUAACAUCCACUUAUAACAGUUUGUGGCAUAUUCCACUGACGUACAUAACCAGCAGCUGUGUGGACUAUAAACAGCCUAAGUGCAUCAAAAAAUGGAUCCUUAAGAAUAAAACCGAUACCAUUGAUCUUAAAGAUCCAAGUGUGACUUGGGUGAAGUUUAACAUAAAUAGGAAUGGUUUCUACAUUGUUGAUUAUGACGACAGCACCUCAGAGAAAUUGAUUGGAUUAUUACGAACUAAUCCCAAGGCUUUCAGUGAUCAGGACCGAGCUGGCCUUAUCAAUAAUGCUUUUAUGCUUGCAAGUUCAGGGAAAAUCUCAAUAAAGAAGGUGCUGAAUAUGAUCAGCUAUUUGAAGCACGAAACCAGCACUAUACCAGUAACUGAAGCAUUGCAACAGCUCAACAACAUCUACUUGCUUGUGCAAAAAAGGGGGAAUCUGACGCUGUCUAAUCGGAUAAAGGAUUAUAUGUUUGAUAUUUUUGGACACUUGAUUGACCAACAAACCUGGAGUAACAAUGGUUCAGUCUCUGAAAGACAACUUCGUUCCAGUCUGCUUGCUAUGGCAUGCAAUUUGAAUUAUGAGAUCUGUGUUCAGAAUGCAACUAAUUUGUUUAACAAGUGGAUGAAUUCUUCAGAUUUAAGUGUGUUACCAUCUGAUCUAACUAUGACCAUCUUAACUGUUGGAGCACACACUGUUGAAGGCUGGAAGUUCAUAUGCCAGAUGUAUAAUCGUUUGCAGUCAGAGGGGGAUAAAAGAAAAAUGCUUACAGCCAUGGCAAGAACCAACAAUGCUGAGCACCUGAUCUGGUUGUUGUACAACAGCUUGCAUCACGACAUGAUAAGGACACAGGAUCUACCCUAUAUUCUAGCUACUUCCAGCAAAAGCCUAGUCGGAUAUCUUCUUGCUUGGGAUUUUGUUAAGGAAAAUUGGGAUGAGCUGAUUAAAAAGUUUAUGGCUGGAUCAUAUCCUAUACAAACCAUUGUCACUGAAACAACAUCACAAUUUUCAACAAAAGUCCACCUGCUUGAGGUCCAAACAUUUUAUUUUGCACUGCAUGACAAAAAUUUAUAUCUAGGGUUGGUCCAAAAGGCACUAGAAUCAAUCAGUUUGAACAUUCAGUGGAUGGAGAACAAUUUGAAAACUCUGGAAAUGCAGCUAUAGAAUUUUUUCUUAAUUUCAGUAAAUUAAAUACACCUAUGUGCUAAGUGAUGCUAAAUUGCAGUCGUGUAAAGCAAGGUGAAGUCAAUUGUCAUUUGCAAAUUCAGUUUGCACUAUUGGAGGGUUGGUGUUAGCUCAGGGUGACUUAUGGUUUGUUCAGUCAUUAAAUAUGAAUUGUAUUUGUGGGGAGCUGAAGAGCAAACCAUGUGGCUAUUCAGUAAUGGGGGAAUGUAUUUAACAAAACAAAGCAUUUUAAUAAGCAAAACAAUAUCUUUGAGUUAUUGGUUUUAGCCAAUUAGUAUAAGUGGAAAAGUUGAGUAAAUGUUUUCCAGCAAUUAAAGCAGAACAUUCAGCUUGGCUAUUAAUUUUAACAUUAUUUUACCAUUUGCUUUUUAGGAAAGGGUUCUUUUUUGCAAUUUGAUUUUGACUUAAUAGGACAUUGUUUUGCGCAUCAUGUUGUCACUGCCCUUCUUUGUAACAAUGACACAUACUGCAAAGUGGAGAGAUACUCCUCCUUUGUAAAGUGUAAUUAUUUCAAGAAGUUAUGUCGUGUAUGGUGUACUCCAUGUAUUGCAUUACAUCUAUCAGCUAUAUGAACCCAUAUCUUCAAUUACUGUACCACUAUCUGGACUACUGUUUUGACAGACAAAAGUCAGUGAUUGUGAUCCCCAAAAUGACUUGCUUAAAAAAAAGGUAAGUUUUAUGGGCUACCAUAAAUUGAAAAUUUUACUUAGGUGUCAUCAUAAACCAUUGUCCCUAGCUUAUGUAUGCUUUCCAUUGUUUUUCAUCACAUGCCUCAAUUAGUCGCUUCUGAAUGUACAUUUUUUAUUAACAAAAACUAUAGACUAUAUAUUAUGAAAAAAUGCGAAGCUCUGUUUACCAAGCUCUUUUUAUUCUGAGAUUCUGUGAUAAUCUAUGAGUUUUGCUCUCAUGAGUUGUAGUGUCAACAGAAUUGCUCAAUUGAAUUAAUGCUACAUCUCACUGACAGCAUGUAUGUAUUUCACAGAUGUUUUAAUUACAAUUAAUGUUUGUGAAUUGUACAAGACCAAUCAGAAUUUAACAUUAUUUAAAUAGAUAUUUCUGUAAAUCAGUAUGUGUUGCAAUAAAUAUUCUAACAGAUGGUAAUCCUGUGUCAAAAAAUGCAAUGCAGAUUUUAAAAAAUUAUGGAAGUUGAACGGUGGUGUUUGAACUGUGAGAAUGAUGUUUUUUAAAAAAAAGUGUUGCAAAAAAUGCAGCUUUCUCUAGUGUUAAUACAUUCAUUAACCUCAGGUAUUUACUUCACUCAUAACACAAAUUAAGAGAUGCUAAAUAUGUUAACCGACUAGUCAGGUUAGUUGCAAGUAAUGCCAAGAAUCAUGCAUUCAAUAAAUUGAAGAAAAUGAGAGGAUUUGAUGAAAUGAUUUCAAAUAAUGAAUCCACAAAACUAAACCACCGUAACACAACGAAUGUGUGCAUUGACCAUUACUAUUUGUUGUUUUUUUUUAAUUAGAUGAGCACUUUUUCUUUGAUGAUUAAAUGAGAAAUAUAUCAAAGGUUUAACCUACAUCAGCUCAAGUUAAAUAGAGGGCAUAGCCACAUGCUUUUUUUUAAAAAAGCAUAAAGGUAAUUAGCAUCUACCCUAAAUAUUGCUAUUGCAUUGACAGUGCUCAUCUCUCAGCUAUAAAGUGGUACUUCAUUAUUUAUAUGUUUGUAGUUUAUCAGGGUUUAAUGUUUUCAAGUAAAAAGAAAAAUGCUACAAUUUGGAAGGCCACAAAUUAUUUUUGGAUUUUAAUAAAAAUGUGAAUUACAGAAAUACAAAUCUUUUAACUUUCAAAAUAACCAAGCAUUGUAUAUCUAUUUAAACUGUUUGAUUUGUAUUCUUUCAAGCUUGUAUGAUUGCAUAAUACUUACCUGGAAUAUGGUCUAAUGCAAAUUGAUAAACAUGUUUAAAUUGCUAUCUUCCGUUCCUUUGUGGAUCGGAUUAAUAAAUUUUAUUAGUUUUGGA